CUGUUAAUUGGUUUAAUUGGUUAGAGUGCCAAAUAUUGUAAAAAGUUUAAUCAAACCAAACAAGUUAUCCAAAUAAGCCAAACUAAUUAAUUCGAAUACUGUCGUUAAAAUUAUUACCAUGAUAACCACUUCAUUUGAACACCCCCUAGAAGCCGAGGUUCAUCAUACCCUAGUGAGCAGGGUGUCUAGUCCAUAGAGAAAGAAAGAAUUACCGAUUGAUGAACAUCAUUGUGGUGAUGAGGCUCGUCUUUCGAUAUGUAAUCUUUACUCUUAGACUUGAUUUCUGAGCUCAAAUGGCAAAAGAAUCCUCCAAAAAGCUCCAAGAAUGAUCCUUGGUCACUUUCCCUUGCUAGGACUCUCCCUCUUUCGAUUUUUUAUUGCAAAACUCGGAUCCCUUUCUCCACAAUCGUAGAAAUCCUUUUAUACCCGAGCAGAAGCAAUGUCACAGCCGAAGUCACUUCAGGUCGUGACAUUCAAUGCACCGUGUUUCAUCGUCACUUCAAGGGGUCUCACGGUCGUGACAAUUGGGAAAGUCACGAGCAUGAGAUUAAUGCUAUUGCCCGUGACAUCCCAUACAUCCCCUUCCUUGUUAUUGAAAUCUCACGGUUUGGGGUGGGAAGUUACGAACCAAACCAUGACUUUGCUCUCACCGUGACACAUGGGAGAUGGCCAGACUUCCGUUUUGUCUUGUUUUUACCUUCAAUCACUCAAAAACUCGUCCCUAAACUUCAUCCACGUAAAAUAACCUGAAAAUAUGAUACAAAAAUACAACCUAACAUAAAAUCGACGUAUAUAAGAGUAUUUCCAAUCCAAAUGUUCAACAAACAAUAAAAAUAUAAGGAAUAAAUAUGUAUAAUUAUGCACGCAUCAGUCGUCACACGGACAGAUGACGGACCUAUGAUUAUUAUACUACUAAAACUCAUGGUUAUUAGCCUAAAAAAAAUAAUUAUAUGUCGUCCAUCCUCUUAUUCCAACCAAACUAAUAAUUGGUGGAGUGCCAAAUAAAAAAAAAAAAAAAGAACGGUCCAAAAGAAAAAAGUAUAUAAAUGGAGAGUGUAUCAUGGAAUUCGGAAUGUAAUUGAUACUCCAGCUAGAAACUCUCGACGGAAUUUAUAAAUAUAUAAAAAACCAUAUAAUAAGAGGAUCACAGACUACAGAACGAAUCAAAACAGCUCCAUCCCUCACUCAAUCUGCCGCUCUCCUUGCGUAAAUCCCGACCAAAUCAAAACAUCGAGUACUGUCCGCCGUCGUUAAAAUCGCUGCCGAUAAGGGCAUUAUCGUCGUCUCCACAACUACCCGUCUACACCUUCGAGCCCCUCAACCUCUCUCUCUCUUCGCGUUCCUUUUCCACCAAGAAAAGGGUAACCAGAAAAAGAAAAAAAAAUCCUCCUUCUUCAACGGUCGUUCGUACUCGUACCCACUCCUGAUUCCUUCUCCUUCAAUCCUCUUCUGUUCCCGUUUCUGGGUUUCGUUCAUUUUCUGUUCUGCUCGUUUUAAUCCUCUUCUAAAACCCCUCCUAGGGUUUUAGGUGAUUUGGGGAUUUGCUCCUCUUUUGGGGGAUUUUGCUAAUUGGUGUCGCUGUUGUUCCUCGACGAGUUCAAUCUCGUGGUUACUCGAUUUGAAUUGAUUAUUUUAUCUGAAGAGUAUGCAAUCCCCUUUUAAGCGGGGGAAAACAUAUUAACAAUGAUUGAGAAGACGAAGAAGAAGGGCAGCCAUAAGAGGGCGCGAAUCAGUGAAGAGGAUAUCUCCGUCGUCUUGGAAAGGUAUACCGCGACGACAGUGUUGGCAUUGUUGCAAGAAGUAGGCCAACUUGAGGGAGUGAAGAUUGAUUGGAAUGCGAUUGUGAAGAAGACUUCAAGUGGGAUUUCUAGCGUUAGGGAGUGCCAGAUGUUAUGGAGGCACUUGGCUUAUCGACAUUGCUUAUCUGAUAAUCUGGAUGAUGGAGCUCAGCUUCAGGAUAAUGAUAGUGACUUGGAGUAUGAAUUGGAAGCAUACCCUGAAGUCAGUGGUGAGGCUUCUGCUGAGGCAGCAGCAUGUGUGAAGGUGUUGAUGGCUUCUGGUUUACCAACUGAUGCUAAUCAAGCAAAUGCGGGAACUGUUGAGGCUCCCUUGACUAUUAACAUACCAAGUAGCCAUUCAUUUCGUGCUACAUCAGAAAAUUCACAACCUGCUGCAAGAGGGAUGAAUAUCACAAUUCCUGUUUCUGUUCAGAAGCAACCGAUGCCUUUACUGGCGGCUUCGGAAGGGAUGGAUAUCAAUGGAUCUCAAAUCGGCUACAGUCAAUCCAAAAGGAAAAGAAAACCAUGGUCCGAGGCCGAGGAUCUGGAAUUGAUUGCUGCUGUACGGAAAUAUGGUGAGGGUAAUUGGGCAAAUAUAGUGAAAAGCGAGUUCAUGGGGGGUAGAACUCCUUCACAACUAUCUCAGAGAUGGGGCGUCAUCCGUAAGAAGAACACCACCAACGUGAAACAGUUGACCAACUCCAGUGACUCCAUAAGAUCAGAAAAACAUCUGGCAACUCGUCAUGCAGUGAAUAUGGCACUUGAUCGACCACCUAGGCUAUCAUUUAUGAAUAAUAACACAGGUGGCGGGACAACUUUUGCCAGUACCAGAGCUGUGCCUUCUGUCACCUCUAAUGAAAGUCCGGUUGCAGUAAAACAGGAGCCUCCCCUAAAGUGCCCUGCUGUCACAAAGAUUACAAAUAAUAACACAGGUGGUGGGACAACUUUUGCCAGUACCAAAGCUGUGCCUCCGCUCAGCUCUAAUGAAAGUUCGGUUGCAGCAAAACAGGAGCCUCCUCAAAAGCGUCCUGCUGUCAAAAAGUUUCAGCUGAUGGACCCAGCAGCAAAUAAGGGAGCAGCAGCAGCAGCAACAAGACAGAAUCUGGCGUCAGAUCCUGUACGAGCAGCUGCAGUUGCUGCUGGCGCUCGCAUUGCUAGCCAGUCAGAUGCUGCUUCACUCCUGAAGGCUGCUCAGGCAAACAAUGCUGUCCAUAUCAUGGCCAAACCCGGUCCACCGGGCCGACCAACUGUGCUUACUGGUUCGUCCACUCACUCAGAGACUCGCCCCAAGGUCAACCAGCUGCCACUUCCUACCAGUUCCAUUGGUCUGAGGCAGAGUGCUUCCCCGUCAAUCGUACAGAGGCCUCCUACAUCAAUGAAGAUUUUAUCUGUCAAAAGUCGAAGCGAACUUCCACAAGUGCGAGAUGGUAAAACUGUUGAAGGUUGCAUCAAGGUCUGUUCCUCCAGUCCUGAAGGUGCCGGGAAAGCUAAAGUGCAGCAAGAAGGUGGUGGCCAUGGUGAGCAAGUGAAGAAUGAUGAUAGAACAGCAUCCGGAAAUAAAGAUCCGAAACAGAAUGGCAAGAUGCCAGUUGCUCGGAACCCUGGUCCUCUUAUACCGAACAAGGUGAAUGUUGAGAAUGGCAAGGUAGGUCCCUUGGAAAAAAAGCCUCAAGAGAGUCGAAACGAAGAUGAAAGUAAGAACAAUGGCGCCUGUUCUUCCAAAGAAAGCGAAAAGAAGCAACCUGCUACACAGGGUAGAGAAGAGAACGAUGAAAACAGAAGCAUGAACAAGCAGCAGCAACAAGAUGUGCCAAAGAUUGGUAGUGGUAAUGGAUGCAGUGAGAAGAUGGAGAAAGUGGGAAGAGCAGGAGAGGAUGCUGGUAACAAAGUACAAGCUGACAAGGAUGGAGUGAAGGCAGAAAAGAGUAGUUAGCUUAAAAUAAUAAUUUUAGAGCUCUUUCAUUGGGUUUUUUUUUUCUUGUUGGUUUAAGUCUUGUUUGCAUUGAGAAGAAGGGUUUCUCUCGUUUUAUUUUAUAAUUGUAAAUUGCAGUAAUGUAGAAAGGAAAUGAUGAUGGGAUGGAUAUAUGGGGGGAUGGCAAUGGAUGGUGUAAAUCCUUGACUUUCUUAUGUGGCUGGUGGUUCAGUGACUGAAAUUUAUUUUCUUUCAUUUGUUGAAAAUUGAAAUACAUGGUAACCUGCAUUGUUAUACUAAAGCAGUUGCAAUUAGUUACGUUAAAAGAUUGGUGAGGAGAAUGCACAGUUUGGAAGCCGUCGCAUCCAAUUAACCAAUCCUUUAAAAUUAUUCAAUUAAUUCAAUUCAUUUUAACCAAAUUCAAUUGGAUUGGUGGAUUCAUGAAUUGGUGAAAAUUACAGUUCAAUAUCUUUAAAUUUAUUUUUUACCAUUUGGUACCUAAAAUUUAUUUUUUAUACAAAAAAUAUUAUUGGAAAAUUAUAUUUUGGUACCUAAAAAUUUUCAUUAUGACAUUUUAGUACCUAAACUUUUCACAGUUUACAUAUUGGUCCAAGGUUGAGGAUGUCAUUUGGAUUCAUGGAUAAUCCACUUGAUCCAAUCCAUGAAUCCACGAAUCCAAUCCACCAAACCACGAAUCCAAUCCAUUUACCACCUCUAACUGCAUCACAAAUCCGUACAAAGACGAGACCUGACACCUGGGUAUACAUGUAAUUUUCAUUGUAUCACAUUUGGUUUAGGUUUUGUUUGAGCGCAAGUGCCAACUUCAUCCAAUGACACGAUAGGUUUUGUUUGAAAACCAAAUAUGAGGAUCACUUAAAAUUCUUUGAUGAAUUUUUCAACAAUUCAAAUUAUUUAAAAAUAAAAGAAAUGACUUUUUUGGACAACGAUUCUAAACACGGCUCACAUCUCCCGAAAUAUGUUCAAACGAGGGUGUUUGAUAUUUUUUUAUGGCUUUUGGGACAAAUUAAGUUACGUUACCCUACUCUUAUGGAGAUUUAGUAAGAGCUCCAGAAAGUAAAGGAUGACUAUGACUAUUGCAGAGAAAAUGAUCAAGUUUGACAUGUGUUGUCAAAUGUUUGGCUAUGGAACCUUUGCUUUAUCUUUGUUUCUUCUAUUUAUAGCCAUCACUUGUAACCACCAUGUAACUGUCUCUUUGUAACUGCUGCUCCACUGCUUGGUUCUUGAUUUAGCCCGCUUGACGCUUUCACUGCCUUGCUUGCCUGUAUACCACUUGGUACCUUGAUAGCUAGACGACUUCACUUGGCAGGUAGCUACCUUGUGUCGUGGAGGUAUCUCGUUUGACAUCUUGACGUUUGAUGCCUAAUGCUGACCACCCUUGCAUGACGUCAUGCUCGACACCAGGGUGCUUGGAGAGUUGAUGGAUGCACACUAACGUCUGACCCCCUUGGGGUGACAUCAUGCUUGCAGGUUCUUGACAAGGUUGUCUACCAUGUGAUAAUGUACAUGUCUGACACUUAGAAACUUAAUGACCUUGUCUACUAGGUACCAUGAUUGCUUAUGAGUCUAGCAUGCCUGGCUACUUUGGAUGAGGGUUCUUUGUGCCUGCCCCCUUGGCAUGAUGUCAUGCUUAGCACCCUGGUGCUUGGUAGGCAAACAAGGAGGUGAUUCCAUACUUAACCACUUUUCGUCCUGCAUAAUUUCACCAUGCUUGACACUUGUGUCGUCCCCCCUUGCAUUCUGCUAUGCUUGGGUACUUGAGAGGUAGGCGAAAAAGCAUGGCGGCACCAACCCUCCUUGGAUGACUUCAUGCUUGAUACCCCAGUGCUUGACAUGUGAGUGGCUAAGUCUCUACACUUAGUCAAAUUUCAUCCUUCUUACAUGAUGUCAUGCUUGACACCUAAUUCGGGCAUAAUUACACAUCUUUUACCCCCCUUUUAUCUUGAUCGUUUGACUUGGAAAUCGACGUCCCUCGACUUAUUUUAUGCUAGAUUGUUCUAUUUUUGUCACAUUUAAGGUCCUAAUACGUGUAGGAAGGUCAAAUACAAGUUUCAGGUCAAUUAGAGGUUGAAGCGCGCAAAAAAGUGAAGAAGAGGCCAAAACACGGCCUCACAUGAAGAUCAUGGCCUCAGGCCGUAACCAUUGCGAGGAGGGCGUGACUAUUGCACGACUCCAGAAGGAAGCAUAUGUCUCUCGGGGCACUAUUUACCAUCACGGCCAUAGGCCAUGACCAUAACAGUCAGGGCGUGACGUUGGAGCAAUCCACAUCGUUUUCAGGCGAGAUUACGACCAGGUCACGACCGUGACCUGAGGCCGAGACACGCGCACUACUCAUCUAUAAAAGAGGCUGCUGCGGGGUUUGGAGAGGAGAGCUUGGUUUUUCUUUAGAGUUCCGACCCAAAGUACCCAAAGAGACAUUUCUAGAGAGAGAGUGAUCUUGAGAGAUUUUGGAGCUUGAUUGGAGGCUUGGGUUGUCUUGGAUUCAAGAAUUCAAGCCUAGAAGAUGAAGAUCUAGUGCCAUUUUGUAAUCUCUCUCUUCUCUCUAUGAAUUACUCCUCUUCACUUAGGUUGAUGAACCCCAGGUCUAGAUUUUGGUUUGGUGUUGAUGUAUGUGACAAAUCCUAUGUUUAACUGAUCAUUUUAUUUAGUUAAUGGAUGUUUAACAUGAAUUUUCAUGAGUUUGGAUUCCAUUUCAUAGUGAAUACCCGAGGGAGUCGAUCUCCUAGUGGUAGAUAAAUUAAGUCUAUAGAG